AUGAAGGCAAACAUCACUCAUUUUCCUGGACCUGCCAACGGAAGACCCGGAGGAAAUCAGUGCGUCAAACUUUAUGAAAAGCCACGACCGUCGUUCCCCCCGGUACCCACAAGCAGCUUGCCAAUGAAAACUGGGUUGAAUCUGAUCGAACCAGUGCAAACUCUCCUCACGGUCAACCGCUAUCUCCUCGCGUCAACCUCACUCCCAUUCUCUCAGGUUCCGCACGCCGUUGAGGAUCAUCGAGAGGUAAAGAGGGAGCCUCGCAGGGUGAAAUCAAUGUCCGCCACAGUGAGCUCCGUCAGCCGCACAUGGCGCAGCUAG